GCUUUUCUUUACCCCUUCAGGCUCUACAAAAUUUAUUUGAGGGAUUUUUCCCGUUAUGAUCAACGAAAACCAUGACAUAUAAGAUCGAGGUAUACGAGAGUUAAGCACGGCACAAAGUUCAGUAAAAACUUUCACGUCACGUCGCAGAAUUUUUCGAGGAAAAUAUCAGAAUUAUGCGUAUCGUCAGUAACUUUGCGAUUAUCCUCGAAGAAAAGUUUUCACCACAUCAUCGUCCGAGCGGGGACCACAUCGUCCUCACGCACCCCUUUCCGAUUUGUUUCCAGCGCAGCUGCUGUUUUCCCUCCGUAAAACUUAACACAUUAGAAAAUGCAAAUUACGAGUCAUGAAAGUCGCGGCGAAGGCCGCAGAGGAGAGAGGUCAUCGAACGGGCCGCGCAUGCCUCGUGGUAGAAAAUCGCGUAAUCCUGAUUUCACGACAGAGACAGUGAAGAUAAGGCCGGCGGCAGUGAUACAUCGUUGAAAAUGAAUGAUCGGAAACAGGAGAACGCGCUUGCUGUCGGUGUAACAAAGCAGAACGAGUCGUACGUCUCGGACUUUCGUUACGCCGUCCAGAUAAGCGUUUACCUAUUGAAACCGAUCGGUGCUUGGCCUUUGGCUAACAAUGAAACAUCGAAGCUCAAGAUCAUCCUACACACAGUGUCGAUGGCAAUGGGCACGUUCCUCAUGUUUUUUUUCACUGUCGUGCCAUGGAUCAUUCAAAUAUGGAAGGAGAAAUUGGGCGUCGUCCUAAUAAUCCGCACGUUAUGCCCGCUGCUCUUCACGAUAACGAUCUCCGUGAGAUACGGUCUGCUGCUCUGGCAUCAGGAGCGAAUUAGAUCCUGCGUCGAUCACGUGGCCGACGAUUGGCGGUGUGUGAUAAUCGCCGAGGAUCGCGACAUUAUGUUGGCGAACGCCCGAGUUGGCCGCACUUUUGGCAUUAUUUCCGUGGUUUUCAUGUACGGCUGUGGCACGCUUUACUACGCCCUACCUAUAGUCACGCUGAACUUGGUCAAUGAGAAUAACGUUACCGUCAGACUGCAUCCAUCGCCCUGCGAGUUUCUCAUGUUUGAUUCCAAGGCUAGUCCUGCAUACGAGAUCGUGUACUCCAUACAACUUGUGACCGGUUACGCGGCGUACAGUGCAUUCUGCGGCAUUUGCAGCUUGAUGGCCAAUUUCGUCACGCAUGUCUGCGGCCAGUGCGACAUUUUAACAGCAAUUUUUGAGGAAACCGUGGACGGCGGUGAGCGCAACAGCGGUUCAACCGAGGAGCGACUCACCACCGCGAUAACCAAACAUUUGCGUCUGCUAAGAUUGGCUUCUGACGUAAGCAGGUUAUUUACCGAGAUAUGCCUCGUGGAAUUCGUGAACGCUUCAUGUAACAUAUGUCUAGUUGGCUAUUACAUCAUAACCGACAUGAAUGAUAACGGGUCGUUCAUACAGAUUUCUAUGUACUUUUUCGGGCUCGCGUCGAUCGUUUUCAACGUAUUCAUAUACUGCUACAUCGGGGAUUUGCUGAAGGAGUGCUGCCAGCAGGUGGACAUCGCAUGCUACGCGAUCGACUGGUAUCGAAUGCCGCCCAAAAAGGCGAUUGAACUGCUUAUGCCGAUCGCGAUGUCUCGAUACCCUGUGACGCUCACCGCCGGAAAGAUGAUGCCGAUGACACUUACCACGUUCUCCGACAUUUUAAAAACGUCAAUGGCGUAUUUCAAUUUGCUCCGUGAGUUUUCCGCGCGAGACGUUAUGAGAACGUAAGACACGGCGCGAUGAGAUGACAUUCCGGAAAGGGCUACCAUGCUUAAGAUAUUUAUAAAGCGGAGAAUUAUAUGAAUAGUUUGACAAGUAACGCACGUGUUAGUACAGCACUUAUGAUGGAAUAAAUUAUUUUUCCUCAGA